AUGGACUGCUACUCCAAUGUUCUUACAAAAGACAACCCUUUCGUUCCACCCAAGGGCACACGUUGUCCUGUGAAUGACAUCCCUCCGGAGCUCCUUUCUCUCAUUUUCGAGGUUGGCGCUCAAUCUAUUGAGGAUGGAGAGGACGAGGAGGACGAGGAUGAGGCAAUGGCGGUGAACGAUGAUGUGGAUGAGGAUGGUUUAUCCGAACUAUCGAUGGACAGCGACGCGACUUUCGAACUCGUACCGCCAUUUGAGGUACUCAUCUCGCAUGUCUGUCACCAUUGGCGUAUGGUAGCCCUUAACACGCCGUCUCUCUGGACAGAGAUCAACGUAUCACCUCUCGAUUCACCCCCAUUUGAACGAGUUCAGAUUUUGCUUGGGCGUAGCAAGAGCCUCCCUAUUGACAUACGCAUAGACUGCGAACCUCCAGAUGACGAAGAAGAAGAGGAUUCCUCAGGCUCUGAAGACUCAGAGCUUGGUCAGUCCCCACGUUCGAUGACCUUUUCCGAUCUCGAUAAUCUCAUGUCCCUUCUUGUUCCACAUAUAUCACGUUGGGGAUCUAUCGAAGUGGCGGUCGCUUGUUACAAGCACAUGUUUGUUUUCCUUUCUGCAGUUUCAGAUCCUUCCAUAGCAGGUGCUCCCCAGCUCGAGGCUCUCCAAUUGUACCACCAUGAAGACGCAGAAAGCCUCACAGCUUUCGCCCAACCCGACCUCGUGCAACAUUUCAAGUUGUUCGGAGGCGUUGCUCCGCGCCUCAAGAGCGUAGCGUUGUGGGGUGUGCAUGUCGACUGGUGCCAAGGAUGGUUAUCUUGCGGGACCAAUCUCUUGGACGUGGAGCUUGCUUAUCAUACAGAUGAUGUACGACCAUCAUGGAAACAAUUCGUUGCUAUCCUUUGCGGGGCACCCAAGCUGGAAACACUCUCUUUAUGCAGCUCUGGUCCCCUCGGUGCUCCCCAUGACUGGUAUCCUGAAGGGAGUUCAGGAUGUUAUGGCGACGACUAUACCGGAGUCAUCGAGUUACACUCACUGACACAUCUUGUCCUGGCAUUCCAUUUACCAGCCUAUGUUAGUGGGUUGCUCCGCCGUCUAGCAUUUCCCGCACUCAAAAGCCUUACACUUGAUUUGGACGACGGGGAUUUUACGGAUCUCGCAGUCCAACUUGCUGGUCCUGUGAUGACCGCAGUCCCGGUGGUACCAAAGGAUGGAGAGAAGAGACGCAGUUUACUCAGCGGACUUGACACCCUCAAAAUAUCCAGUUUUCCCUGCUCAGACCGCAGUGUAGAGCUCAUGUACGCAGAGCUUGGCAACCUUAAAGCGCUCAACCUAGCGAUGAUGUACCUCCCUCCUGCGUUCUUUCAGUUACUUCAUCACCCUUGUUCUGUUCCUGGCCAGCGAGACGUUUGUCACGUCUGUCUCCCUUCACUUACCACUUUAUCGACUGCCGACGUCCCCGGACACCAAAUACGCGAGUUGGUGCAGAAGCGAAAGGAAGCAGGUGUCCCUCUAAAGGCCGUAUAUAUGGAGGAGAACGACGAAGUCACCGAUCAGGAUUUACAAUGGCUGAGGGAUAAUGUGGAGGAAUUCGAUUUCUUUGAGGCCAGUGACGAUGAAUACGAGUCACUGGCAGAUAUUGAAGAGGAACACGAGGGUUCAGAAUCGGAAUGGGAGGAAGUGGAUGAUUGA